UAGUAAAUACCUUAGGCGGCGGGGUAAACUGACACUCUCCACUACUCUGCUCGAUUGGGGAAGAAGACCGAUGCCUAUACAUACCCAAAAUUGAGAACCAGACGAGAUAUGGCUGUGGACACCAAUUUCGCAUCCUCAUUGCUCCAGAAUCUGAAGCUCGAAGAUCCAUUGCUUCCUCCAACCACAUGGGAAUCCAUCCCUUCCGAAAGCGGCCAUUUCCAUCUUCCAACCUCCACCUCUCCAUCCCUCUACCACGCCUCCACCGUCUCCGAGGCGAGUCUGGUGCGGCUGGCGAUGAAUGCACUGCAAGGAGUUGAAUCCUCCCUUAUUAGUGUCCAAAAGCUUUCUGCUGCGUUUCGCUCCGAUCCGGCUGAUAGGACCUUCCAUCAGGUUCCGAGUCUGUGGAGUAGGUCUUCCAGCACUCGUGCUCUGGGGAAUGUUCUCCACCCCAUAGGCUGCUCAGGUUUGCUGGUCUUUCUUCUCGGAAAAUUCGUCGAUUACUUUACCAAUUUGAAUGUGGAAGGUCAAAAUGAAGCUCCAGCAAAACAGUGCGCUCCGUAUAGUCUUGUUAAUCAUGCUUUUGCUGUUGCGGUGGGGAAGGUUGUGGAGGGUUACAUGUGUGCUCUGGAUACCUUGUAUGCGUCUGUGGGUGUGAGGCGGCGCUCUUCUUCGGGCUCGCCUUCUGCGGUGGGAUGUCUCAACAGUGUACUCCAUUCUGAGCUUACUUUGUUGGAGCUGUAUCUGCACACAAAGGAAUUGAGGACUCAGAUUGAAUCCCUUACUAACAUAUGCAACUUAUAUCAGUUUUCUGAUUGCUUCUCGGCGUCUUCUUUUGAUGAGUUACUUACGAAAGCCAAAGCUGAGUUUUGUAAUUUCCACAGAGGGGGUGACCUACUCACGUAUCUGUAUACUCAGUUACAGGUUGCUGAUCCUGCUCAUCGUCCUGUAUUGAAGUUUCUUUUUCUUCGUACAUGUGAACCGUACUUCGGAUUUAUAAGAUCAUGGAUAUUCAAAGCUGAGAUUAGCGAUCCUUAUGAGGAGUUUUUGGUUGAAUAUGUUCACUCUCCUAAUCCAUCUGUUGAAGCUGGUAUCUCUAUUGACUUCCCAUUGGCAACUAUUAGGGAACGAGAUGGAGUUCCUGUUCCUUGUUUUUUGAAGGACUUCUUGCUUCCACUUUUCAGAGCUGGUCAGCAGCUGCAAGUUCUAGCGAAAUUGCUUGAAUUGUGUACUUUUGUUGCCCCUAAGAACCAUACUUAUGAGAGUUUUCUUCCCUGCUGGAGUGGGUUUUCAAGCAAUUGUCCAUCUUAUGCAUCUCCAUUGUCGUUCAGCAAAGGAAAUAUAGAGGCCAUGGUACUUUCAAGGGAAUGUUAUUACAAAAGGAUGCAGGACCAACUCCAGAAUCUUUUGACGGAAUUAGAGUUCAGAUUUCAACAGGUAAUUUCACAAGACACACUGCCUGUUCUCUUGGAUAAUAGUGGAAGGAGGUCAACCAUCCCAGUUUUAGUCCCACUGGAUGACAGUUUUAUUGCUCCUUCAACAGAUGAUGAAGGGGAGUCAAAUGUGGUGGCUGAUGAUUUGGAUUCAGACGAAUUAAGUACAAGAGACAAUGUAUGUUACACUGCAGAUGCAUACGAGUCAUCUGAAUGUUCAAGCUCCACUAUAUCUGAAGAGCAAAAUGUGUUCGAGCAGAUGACUGAGUUCCCUAAUCACAUUGUAGGGGAAGAACAAAAGUAUUUAUCUGCUUUAAGCUUCUCAAUGAGUAUUCCAGUUGAUACUUUGCAAAAGCCCCAUGGAUCUGCAGAUUCAUGUCAUAUAGACAAGAUUAGUAGAACUUGUGAAAGAAAAGAUGCCUUUGGGCAUUCUCAUCAUAAAGGCAUACUUACGAGUCAGAUAUCGGAUGUCCAAUUUUCAGAUUGUCUCUCUGAUAAGGAUUGGCCGGAAAGAGAUUAUUUUGAGAAUCAGUCUGUCAUUGAUAUAGAGUGCAAAGAAGGUCUGAAGUCACGUCCAACGGACUUUGCCUCAAAGGUGAAUGAAAGAAUAAUGGGAUCGUUAAAGGAAGGUUCAUCAUAUUUUAGAAAAAGAAUCAUGGAUAGUAAUGCUUUAAUAGAAGAAGCCUUUGGCAAGGUUGAACCUCAAAAGGCCAGUUAUACUUCUGAUACAUUUGCAUUACAACAGUGGAAGGUUAAUUACCAUAACAAUUUUCUCAGCAUGAACCCAAUGUUGACAAAAAAUAAUUUCCUUCACCUAACAUCCAGGCCUGGAGAGAGAUGCAAGACAGACCUUGGGGAUUCUUUGGCUUACUUUGAUUUCUCUCACAUAAAAGAUCCUUGUAAGGUGUUUCCGGUAAAGGUUCCUGUAGGGCUCAUGGACUCUGGUGCCUCUACUACCAGUGUUAGGAGUGAUCACCAUCUGAAACAAUGUUCUGCAGAAGCUGAUGUUCUGAUUGGCAGAACAAUAGUAUCUGACUCUCUUCCGUCUUCAGAUUCGAAGGGCCACACCAAAGGAGAUGCUACUUUAACAAAUGUUUCUGGUGGUAGUUGUUGGGAGAGUUUGCUUGGUAGAUUUAGUGACACUGUCAUUAAUAGAGUUGAAGAUCACAGAGAAAGCUUAGCGGCCACUUUUGACAUACCACUUGAUUUUAUUAUCGACACAUGCCUUCUGCAGGAAAUCAUGCUCCAAUAUAAGUAUGUCAGCAAGUUAACUAUUAAGUUGCUUGAAGAAGGAUUUGAUUUGCAAGAACAUUUGCUGGCUCUGCGACGAUACCACUUCAUGGAAUUAGCAGACUGGGCAGAUUUGUUUAUUAUGUCCCUUUGGCAUCAUAAAUGGAGUAUUACGCAGGCAGAUCAUAGACUUUCCGAAAUUCAAAGUUUUCUUGAGUCAUCAGUUCAGAGGUCAUCAUGUGAACGUGAUCAUAAUAAGGACAGGUUAUUUGUGUACCUGAAAGGACAUGAUGCAGUGCCUCUUUCAGCAUCUGCUAUUGGAGUCCAUUCCUUCAACUUUCUAGGUUUGGGAUAUCGAGUGGACUGGCCCAUCAGCAUUGUUUUGACUCCUGGUGCAUUGAAAAUAUAUGCCGAGAUAUUCAGUUUCUUGAUACAAGUGAAACUUGCUCUGUUUUCAUUGACUGAAGUGUGGUGCCAAUUGAAGGAUCUGGUCCAGUUGAUUAGUCGGAAUAACCACUCUGAGCAACAUGAAAAGGAAGUGAGUCAUUUCAAUGCAAUGGUGAAAAUGAGGCAUCAGGUCAAUCACUUUGUAUCUACAUUACAGCAAUAUGUGGAGUCACAGCUAUCACAUGUAUCAUGGUGCAGGUUUCUAUAUUCACUUCAGCAUAAGGUCAAAGAUAUGAUGGAUCUUCAGUCAGUGCACAUGGCAUAUCUCUCAGAUUCACUUCACAUAUGUUUCCUCUCUGAUGAAACAAGACCUAUAGCUUGCAUCAUUGAGAGCAUUCUGCAGUGUGCUCUGGACUUCAGGUCUUGUCUCACUGGGGAAGUAUGGAAUGCAGGAACAGGUCAAGGGAAUUUAAUUGCAAGACACUCUGGAAUCAAUAUAUCCCAGGUUCUUUCCAUAAAGCAAACGUUUGACAAAAAUAUGAAAGAAUUGCACUUGUGUUACCUCAGAUCACCUAAACAUGGCGAGUUUGGACUCUCUCACUUCUGGGAAUACCUGAACUACAACAAGUAUUACUCACAUGCUGCUUCCAAAGCUCUGUGACAUGAUAUUUUCCUUUACUGGCAAAUCGGGAUUUGUAUAUGCUUGAAGCAUCCCAGUUGAUUACCAUAAUUGAGGAGGGUAAUUUGUCAAGGGUAACAGUAGAAAAGUGUCCAGCUGAUGUGUGAAAUUUUGGAUACGUAGCAUAGCAUUCUUCUACAAUUUUGUUGGUCUUGUUCCAUGCAAGGUAGGAGAUUCAUGUUUAUUCUUCUUGUGUGCCAGUGUUGUAAAUAUAUGUACAAAAUGAUUAUAUAGUGUAUCACGAAGAAGACAUUUUUUGGUGCCAA